AUGCCCCCUAAAGUUAGUGGAAAAGCUGCGAAGAAGGCCGGCAAGGCCCAGAAGAACAUUGCCAAAGGAGACAAGAAGAAGAAGCGCAAGAGGAAGGAGAGCUACGCCAUUUACAUCUACAAAGUGUUGAAGCAGGUCCACCCAGACACCGGCAUCUCCUCCAAAGCCAUGACCAUCAUGAACAGCUUCGUCAACGACAUUUUCGAGCGCAUCGCCGGAGAGUCGUCCCGUCUUGCCCACUACAACAAGCGUUCGACCAUCACUAGCCGGGAAAUCCAGACGGCCGUCCGUCUGCUUUUGCCCGGUGAGUUGGCCAAGCACGCCGUGUCUGAAGGCACCAAGGCAGUGACCAAGUACACCAGCACCAAGUAGAUUAUCUCCGGUCUUCUCUUU